AUGCACGACAACCGCACUCACCCCCUCCUAGCCCAGAUCCCCCUGACCGUAUCUCCCUUCGUCACCCUCCCCGUAGCCGCCACCCUCCCCUACACCUACAAAACCAUGCCGUCAACGCUUCCCCCCUCGAGCACCGGCGUCCUCCCUUCCACCUCGUCCACCAACACGUCUACUGGCGACGAAUCUCAGGCCCAAAACAAACCCCAGUACGUCAUCUCGCAGUCCGGCCACGCCGCCCACCCAGACGACAUCAUACGCAGCUGCGAGGCGCUAAGGUCUUACGUCUCCAAAAUGCAGGAGGAUGCCGAGCGCGACCUUAGGGAGCUGGAUGAGCGCAUUAGGGCGCGCGAGCUGGCGGAGAAAAGGAGGGUCGCGCCGGGUUGGCUGGACAGUGAGGCGAGGUUAUUGGAGCCGGAGAGGAAAGGAGGGGACAAUGGAGGGGAGCGAGCGGGAGGGGGAGCAGGAGGAGCACGAGAACUGGGAGAUGAUGCUGGGGUUGCGGGAGGGGUUGCGGGCCCGUUUGCGGAGAUGAGUCUUGCGGAAAGGGAGGGUGCGAGUGAGAUGGCGGUUGAUCAGGGGGAGGAGAUUGAUAGGGUUUUGGGGGGCCUAAGGUGA